AGGGAGAACAUGCAAACUCCGUGCAGAAAGACCCCGGGCCGGGAAUCGAACCCAGGACAAGGCAACAGUCCUACCUACUGUUCCACUGUGCAGCCCUCUCUCUUACCCAUAUAUAUUGUGAAAAUGUCCUCCUUAUAUUUUGCUUUAAAUUGUAUUAAAUUUUGACUUUAUUUUUUUGCUCCAUAAUUUUUUACAUCAUGAAUUGAACUACAAAAGCUCCUUCCUGCUGUGCGUACACUACAAAUCCUUAAGUCUGAGUAAGUUAGAUCUUCCCUUCUCUUUCAAAAACAUGCUCUGUAUGUGCUCAGGUAGCAGUUUAUUUGAUGCCUUCAACAAAAUUUGAGCCAUUUUAAAUUCCUCCAGAUCUUCAAUUUUUAUUAUUCUAGAUUGUAAGAAGACUUUAAGGUUUCAGGAACAUGUUUAAAAAAUGUCUGAUCUCCAGUAGAUCACAUCCAGAGAUCUACUGGAGUCUCAGUUUAAAGACCGUUAGCAUUGAGUGGCCAUGACGUUGUUUUGCCUCGCAUGUGUUUUCUUACUAUAUCCUAACAUUUAGACUGUUUGAAAUAGCUUCGGCUUUCUGAUCAGUUCUAAACUAGGAAAGGAUUUUGCCAGUGAUGAAUAACAGUAAAUACAUCCAAUCCCUCUGCAUCUCCUCCUCCUUGGGCCUCUCUCUCAUUGUCCUCCAGCUCACCUCUCCUCUGCCCCUCCAUUGCUUAGUCACCACAUGGAUGUGUCAUUGUUUCUAUCACUUUCUGACUUUCAUGCCUGCUGAAGCACAGCGAGAGCAUCUCUGCGGUGCCAAACCCAUGAAAAGAUACAGGAUUCACUUCUGUCCACCCUCUGGCCACCCCCACUCCACUCCAAACAACAGGACCUCCUCAUUCCUGAUGGAUGGCGCCACUUUCCACAGCCAGGGCCACGGGCCACAUGGCGACCACACCUCCACGGCACGGACUUAAAGCCUCCGGAUGUAUAAGCGAGGGAACAUAAGGAGACGAGGAAUCGAGAAGAUGAAGAUGGAGCUCGCCGUGGUUAACUGGACGGUCGCAGCCGCAGGGUUUCUUCUGCUCUGGGCCGGCGGUGGCUCCGCAGCGCCUCUUGAGUGCCACUUCAACUCCAGAGCUCUGUGUGAGUUCGAGGGGAGGCGGUACGCCCUGGGGGAGACCUGGAUGGAUAACGCCUGCAUGCAGUGCACCUGUUUGCACCCUGUUGGAGUCGGUUGCUGUGAGACGGUGCAUCGACCGGUGGACUUCCCUGCCUGGUGUGAGGUGAGGGUGGAGCCAGUGACCUGCAAAGCGUUUCUGGUCCAGACAGCUGACCCCCGCCUGCCGUGCACCCCGGGCGAAACGGACAGGGACCCCAGCCACGGAUCGCUGCAGCUGCAGCUCGACGGGGGGAUCCGCACAGAGACCAACAGCAGCUUAACCUGCACCUGAAUAUCAGAAAAUGCCUUUUUUGUUUUAAUGAACCUAUAUUAAACACCGUCUGUGAGUUUCCGUAUUAAGAAUCUGUCUUUGCAAGACAAAAAUUCAGAAAAGCAGCCUUUUGUGUUUAUGUAUGACAUUUCUUACUCAGUAAUCUUCUUGCAAGUAUUAAAGUAAAUAUUCUACAUUCUUUUGAAUCUAUUUUAUUUCCAUAAUCAACCGUGCUUUAAAAAUUCAGUAAAACGUUUGCAUGUUUAACUGAUUUAAUGUUCUUUGCUAAACAAACCUUUUGUCAAAACAAUGUAGUAAUGUAAAUAUAAGCAAGAAU